AGCAUCUGAGGACAGGACCAGUCUCUCCCGGGGGGGCCAGGGAGCUCAGGGUGUCUGUCUGCCAGGCCCUGGGCGCCACAGCCCCUACAUCCUCUGCUUUCUGCCCUCCGUCUCUGACUCUUGAGGCGUCCUCUGUGUUUUCAGCAUCACUUCUCUCUCCGCGGUUCCCUGCAUUUCUGACUCUCUGUCUGUCUCCCUUUCUGUCUGCCUGUGACACGUACUGUCCCUGCCCCCAACCCAAGAGUCGACCCCCAGGCAGCCGGCCCCCAGCAGGAAUGGCCAUGAAGACGCUGAUUGUAACACUGAUUCUGGUCGCUGCAGCCCAGACAGAGGAACAGAAUAAGGUGCUGCAUGGUGGACCCUGUGAGCAGACGUCUCACCCCUACCAAGCUGCCCUUUACGCCUCAGGCCACUUGCUCUGUGGGGGGGUCCUCAUUCACCCACUGUGGGUCCUCACCGCUGCCCACUGCAAAAAACCGAAUCUUCAGGUCUACCUGGGGAAGCACAACCUUCAGCAAAGGGAGAGUUUCCAGGAGGAGAGCUCUGUUGUCCGGACUGUGGUCCACCCUGGCUACAACGCCGCCAUCCAUGACCAGGACAUCAUGCUGUUGCGCCUGUCACGUCCAGCCAAAUUCUCUGCACACAUACAGCCCCUGUCCCUGGAAAGUGACUGCGCAGCCAACCACACCAGCUGCCACAUCCUAGGCUGGGGCAAGACGGCAGAUGGUGAUUUCCCUAACAUCAUCCAGUGUGCAUACCUCCACCUGGUGCCCCGUGAGGAGUGUGAGCGUGCCUACCCUGGCGAGAUCACCCAAAACAUGGUGUGUGCCGGGGAUGAGAAGCUCGGGAAGGACUCCUGCCAGGGUGAUUCUGGGGGUCCGCUGGUGUGCGGCGACCGUCUCCGAGGCCUUGUGUCAUGGGGUAACGUCCCCUGCGGAUCCAAGGAGAAGCCAGGCGUCUACACCGACGUCUGCAGAUAUGGCCACUGGAUCCGAAAAACCAUUCAGGCCAACUGAUCCUGAUAGGUGACCUGCACUUCUUGACCUUCCCCCACCUGCCCAGACCCGACCCUCAAUGCUUAAUAAAAGUGAUGACACCA